AUGCAUCCAACAAUUGCUGAAAUUUCUUCAAAUGCUGAAAUUGUGAAGGAAAAAUUGUUUGUUCCAGUUCUGUAUGCAAUGAAGUUUAAGACUUUCGAAGAAGCAGUUGAAAUCAACAACUCUGUCCCUCAAGCUGAAAUUGGCGGUGCUUUUGGAGGUGAGAAAGGUACUGGUGGUGGCUGUUAUGCAGGAAGUGAUUCUUCGAAACAAUAUAUGAGACGCUCAACUUGUACAAUCAACUAUGGAAUUGAACUACCAUUGGCUCAAGGAAUCAAUUUUGGCUAG